GUGGGGAUCACAUGAAAAAUGGCACGCUGAAGAAGUUAGUGCGGGCUUUAACAAAAGUGCAUGGCACAUUGACACCGCUUUCAACUUUGAAAAUGGCGAUGUUGUCAGCACCCAGUACUCCAGUAGUAGUACUACUUUCUUCCUCGAUAAGCCUCCCGCUUUCCCACCUUCUCUCACUCAUCAUUCCCCGCCCUUUUUCUUUCUCUCUCCACCGCCACCGCCACCGCCACCACCAUGGCGCUUCUCAUCACCCUCAUUUGCCCUAAUUCGCCGUCUGUUUGGGAAGAAAAUAUGUUGUCGAAAUGCUUUACUGAUCUAGUAUUUGGUUGUGGAAGCAAUGCCGUAACUCUCAUUUUGAUUGCUGGAAUUCGGAUUUUCCAAAGGGAUGCUAGAGGAAGAAUCAAGAUUGACUUGCCAGGGAGAUUUAUUGUACUUUUGCCUUCCCUUGAAGCAUGCAUGUCAUUCUUUGACAUGGUGCUGAUUAUGAGGGAUGGAUAUAAUGGACGUGGAUUUCUGUACCAUGAGUUGAUCUACAUAUGUUCUCAAUUGUCUGUUUGGACUACCAUUCUUCUGCUAUCUAGGUGUGAUUUCUGGUACACCCUAUGUUGCAGCCGUCUCCUGUGUUUUUGGUGGAUUGUGAAGCCACUUUUUCUGGUGCCGCAUUUGCAGAUAGUCAUGUCGUCAUAUGAGGUGUGGUGGUCUUUUAAAGAGUGCUUAACUUUUCUACUGGACGUGGCAUUUGGAAUAUGUGUUAACAUUGUUAGAAUAAGGCAAACAUCCUGUAACAGCAGGAUGGAUGAUCAGCUUGAGGAUCCUCUACUGUCACAUGACCUUGAGAAAGGUCAUCCUAGGAAAUCUGGAACAGUGCAAGCCAUUUGGAUGCUCAUGACAUUCAGCAGUAUCAAGCCAAUAAUGGAUCAAGGUGUCACAAAGCAGCUUGACUUUGAAGAACUGCUUGAUUUGCCAUCGGAAAUGGAUCCUUCCUCCUGCCAUAAGUUCUUGCUGUCAAGUUGGCAAGCUCAGCAGAUCAAUAAUUACUCCAAUCCAUCAUUCUUCAAGGCAAUUUGUGCUGUAUACGGGUGGCCAUAUCUUCGCCUUGGCGUGUUAAAGGUGUUCAAUGAUUGCAUUGGGUUUGCGGGACCGUUGCUUCUGAAUAAACUGAUUCAGUUUCUUCAACAAGGUUCUGGAGGAGUGGACGGCUAUCUUCUUGCGGUAUCUUUGGGUUUAGCAUCUGUUUUAAAGUCAAUUCUUGAUACACAAUAUACAUAUCAUCUCUCUGUUUUGAAGUUAAAGCUCCGAGCUGGUAUAAUGACCAUCAUUUAUCAGAAGUGCCUCUCCAUCAGUUUAGCUGAGAGAUCGAAAUUCUCUGAAGGAGAAAUUCAGACGUUUAUGUCUGUGGAUGCUGAUCGAACUGUUAACCUGUGUAACAGUUUCCAUGAUAUUUGGAGUUUGCCUUUACAAAUAGGGAUUGCACUUUAUCUUCUGUAUACUCAAGUUAGCUUUGCUUUUAUUUCCGGCAUCACUAUUACAGUUUUGCUAAUACCAGUUAAUAAAUGGAUUGCCAAAUUGAUUGCUAGUGCCACUGAGAAAAUGAUGAAACAGAAAGAUGAGAGGAUUAGGAGAACAGGUGAACUUUUGACUCAUAUUCGCACCUUGAAAAUGUACUGCUGGGAAAUUCUCUUCACCAACUGGGUUAUGGAGACUAGACGUUCCGAAGUUGCGAACUUAUCUACGCGGAAGUAUCUUGAUGCUUGGUGUGUAUUCUUCUGGGCUACAACGCCUACUCUUUUCUCGUUGUGUACAUUUGGACUCUACACAUUAAUGGGACAUCAGCUUGACGCUGCUACGGUCUUCACUUGCGUGGCUCUGUUUAACACUUUGAUUUCUCCUCUAAAUUCAUUUCCCUGGGUGAUUAAUGGAUUGAUUGAUGCCUUUAUAUCUACAAGGCGGUUGACCAGGUUCCUUGCCUGCCCUGAAUAUAGUCUAAGCCGGGGAAAUAGUUCUCUUCUGUACCCAUCUUGUUUGAGUGUCCAGAUUGAUGAUGCCGUGGAAGAUAAAGCUAUUACAUUUCAUGAUGCAUUCUUUUCAUGGUCAAAUGAACGUAAUAUGAAAGACAAUUUCAGGCUGGACAAGGUGAAUCUUAGCCUUCCAAAAGGUUCUUUUGUGGUGAUCAUCGGAGAGGUUGGCUCUGGAAAAUCAUCCCUCUUAAGUUCAGUGCUAGGAGAGACGAAUAUCAUCGGGGGAUGGGCUCAUUUAAAUGGUUCUACAGCAUACGUGCCACAGGUACCUUGGAUUCUCUCAGGUACUAUACGUGAGAACAUACUCUUAGGGAAGGAACAUGUUCCGAAAAGGUAUCUAGACGUGCUCCGAGCUUGUGCACUGGAUGUUGAUAUUUCACUAAUGUCUGGAGGUGAUAUGGCGUACGUGGGAGAGAAAGGGGCCAAUUUAUCUGGUGGACAGAGGGUCCGCAUCGCAUUGGCAAGGGCUAUCUAUCAUUCAUCGGAUAUAUUGUUGCUCGAUGACGUCCUAAGUGCAGUUGAUGCCCAAGUUGCUCGAAUUAUAUUAGACAGUAUCAUCCAUGGUCCUGUUUUGAAUCAGCAAACAUGUGUUCUCUGUACGCAUAAUAUUCAGGCCAUACUAUCUGCAGAUAUAGUUGUACUUAUGAGUAAAGGCCGUGUGAAGCUGGUAGGAAGCCCUGCUGAUUUAGCAUCAUGUCCCGACUUUUCUGCUCAUACGGCAUUGAGUCCAUUGCUGCCUGUUCAAGAUCAAGAAAAGAGUGUCGAGUCUAAAGAAGACUUUUGCGAAGAGGAAGACUGUAUUCAGAUUUCUUCAGAAGCAGAGGGGACCAUUGAUCUUGAAGAAAGAAAAGAGGGAAAUGUGGAGCUGGUCGUAUACAGAAAAUAUGCUGCCUUUUCUGGCUGGUUUCUCGCUUCGCUGAUACUGGUUUCUGCUAUUAUGAUGCAAGCUUCGCGUAAUGGAAAUGAUCUUUGGUUAUCAUAUUGGGUUGAUACAACUAAAGGAAAUGACAAAAUGCAUUAUUCAUUAAACUUCUAUCUGGUUAUACUGAGUGUUUUCUGCAUAUCGAACUCUGUCUUGACAUUGGUGAGGGCUUUCUCAUUUGCAUUUGGUGGUUUGCGAGCAGCAGUGCGGGUUCAUGAUUCACUACUUAGCAAUCUUGUCAACUCAACUGUGCUGUUCUUUGACCGGACACCACGUGGAAGGAUUAUCAAUAGAUUGUCUUCAGAUCUUUACACAAUAGACGAUUCACUUCCAUUUAUCCUCAACAUUCUCCUUGCCAACUUUGUCGGCCUCUUGGGGGUUGCAAUAGUCUUGUCAUAUGUUCAGAUUGUUUUACUGCUUCUACUAUUGCCCUUUUGGUAUAUUUACAAGAAGUUGCAGUUCUAUUACAGAUCAACAUCACGCGAGUUGCGCAGGCUAGAUAGUGUUUCUCGCUCCCCAAUAUAUGCAUCAUUCACAGAGACUCUGGAUGGAUCAUGUACCAUAAGGGCAUUUCAAAUAGAGGAUUAUUUCUUCACGAGAUUCACCAAUUAUGUAACCAUGUACCAGAGAACCUCGUACACUGAAAUAACAGCUAGUUUAUGGCUUUCCCUGCGACUUCAGUUGUUGGCAGCAUUUCUCAUCUCAUUUAUAGCCCUUAUGGCUAUUAUUGGCUCCUUUGGUAAACUCCCUGUUAGUAUGGGCACACCUGGACUGGUUGGCUUGGCACUAUCUUAUGCGUCUCCACUUGUUUCUCUAAUGGGAAGUUUCUUAUCUAGCUUCACUGAGACAGAGAAGGAAAUGGUUGCUGUCGAAAGAGUUGCCCAGUAUAUGGACAUUCCUCAAGAAGAAUUAUGCGGAUCUAUAGCCAUUCCUAAAGGUUGGCCUUGUCAAGGACGAAUUGAGUUUCAGAAUGUGAUUCUCAGAUAUUUGCCUUCUCUUCCUCCAGCAUUGUGUGACAUAUCAUUUACCAUUGCAGGAGGAACUCAUGUUGGAAUCGUUGGAAGGACUGGUGCUGGAAAGUCUAGCAUUGUAAAUGCCCUUUUCCGUCUGAGCCCAAUAUGCGGAGGGCGCAUAUUAGUUGAUGAUGUAAACAUAGACCAUGUUUCCGUUAGAGAUCUUCGCUCAAGAUUUGCUGUUGUCCCACAAAGUCCUUUCUUAUUUCAAGGAUCUGUGAGGGAAAAUUUAGAUCCAUUCCGAAUGAAUGAUGACCUGAAACUCUGGGAAGUUCUGGAGAAAUGCCGCAUUAAGGAAGAGAUAGAAGCAGCAGGUGGAUUGGAUAUGGAAAUAAAGGAAUCUGAGGCAUCAUUUUCUGUUGGCCAACGGCAACUUCUCUGCCUUGCGCGAGCAUUUUUGAAGUCUUCCAAGGUGUUAUGCUUAGAUGAAUGCACAGCUAAUAUUGAUAUUCAGACAGCUUCAAUACUACAAAGCGUCAUAUCUAGAGAAUGUCAAGGAAUGACUGUUAUCACUAUUGCUCAUCGGAUCUCAACUGUGCUGAGCGUGGAUAAUAUCUUUGUUCUUGAGAAAGGAACUCUGGCUGAACAAGGAAAUCCACAUAUUCUGCUUCAAGAUGACCGCUCAAAGUUUGCAGCCUUCACUAGAGCUUCAUUAAUGUAACAACAUUAGUGAUGGAACCUAACUGCAAAAAUUGUGGAACGGACUGGCUUAGUGGUUGUAGCCUGUAGAUAUGUGCUUGUCAGGCUAACUAUUUUCCAUGCGGACUUACUUGAGCUGAGCGGUCUGCACUAGGUUUUUUCUGACUUUAUAUUAUUGGUCCUGGGUUGAGAUAUUUUAAAGAUGUACUGUAAUAUUUUUCUGAUCAGAAAUCUUGGAAGGAUAUUGGGGUUGGACUCGUGGGAGUUGUAGUUUUGGUUACUAAUUACCUUUGAUUUGGGAGAGGAUGUUCAUUUCUCUUCUAUUGUAGCUUAAUUUGUUGUUGUUUAGUACGAAGUAGUUGCUAACUUAAUGAACAGAGCAUUCUGCAAUGUAAGCCAUUUGAUAUGUAUUAGUUUGCCACAAAUAAUGGAAAUGGAUGAUAUAUAACUAGAUUACGUGCAA